AUGGAAUCGAUCGCGGCAGCCCUAAAACAGGCCCAAUCAGCGGAAGGCGACGACGGGAAGAGAAGAGACGGAAAGCCGACGUUUGUCGCAGCUCUAUCUUCCACCUUCGCGAAACGCGUGGUCACAGGGGCGACCGCGAGCGCAGUCGCAGCGGAGGCGCGUGCGCAGCAAGAAGGAAUCGACCGUGAUGGUAACGAGGACGAGUGCGGCGACCGCCACAUCGCCGCCCAGGACGGUGCCGCCCCAUCCCGAGGAAUCGGCCACGGCCACCCUGCUCCUUUCAACGCCGACGCGGGCAUCCUCCCGAGACGGUGGGCCCUGGAAAACAAGAUUAGAGCCAAGAGAACCACUACCCCCGGUGCGCCGCAGGGCGAUAUCGGCAACGGGUCGGUAGCGUCCAAUGGUAAGAUCGCUAUGGCAGGGGUAACUAGAAAGCCAUCGAAACGGUGGCGCAUGGUGAAGGCCGAGACGAACGCCGUGAAAGUCUACAGGAGAGCACAAGUGGCCGCGUCGACCAGGGAAGCGCGGCGCAAAGUUUGCACGAAGCGGUGGGGGGGGCUGAAGGUAGCGAGAAACACCACGUCUUACUUGAUGCACGCCCUCAUGGUCGGUUCAGACGAAAUCGACGACGACGAAUCCUCAUGCUCAGAAGGCGAGGAAAGAGGAGUCGGGGGGCGGGUGCGCGGCAACCGGCCCCGGCGUGGUCGGCGAGAGGUCGGAGAUGCGGCCGGGGGCAGUGCAUCCGAAAAUUCGUCGUCGAUAUGGUGCGAGAGUAGUAGCAGUGAUGACUACUCCUCGUCGGACAAAGAGGGAGACAGCCACAGCGACGGCUACGCAAGCAUGUACAUGCAACACGACAGCAGCAGCAGCAACAGCAGGAGUGCAAGCAGCGCCAGCGCCAGCGCCAGCACCAGCGCCAGCACCAGCACCAGCACCAGCACCAGCACCAGCACCGGUACCACUAGCAGUAGCAGUAGCACGAGCAGCAGCAGCAGCAGCAGCUCCGAAAACAACGAUGCCCCGCCAUCGAAGCUGAGCAGUUACAAACGCAUGGCCACCAGAAACGCAUUGUCGAGGAGUCGCACCGCCGAGCUCGGCAAGCUGUUCUUCGCCGGGAGCAUCGUCAUCGCCGGGCUGCAAGAACCACUGCAGAAACAACUGGCCGACCAGUUCGUCCGAGAUAUUCCGAACGUGGAAGUGCGCAUAGUCGCCGACGUUGCCAGCACGAUUCAGCUCUGCCAAGCUCGCUCGGGAUUUCUUGGGCGACGGUGCUCGUGGGCUGAGAGGGAUCAAGCCCGGUCUACCGGUGGCUGUAGUUGGAGGCGAGAAUGACGGCGAGGUAGGACGUCCAAAAAUGAAGGUUUUGAAGGGCGUUGCUGUAGGGAUAAUAUCUAUCUGUCGUGCCCCCAUAUACUAGUUGUCCAUCGGCCAAGCGGCUUGUACCCCGUGUUGGAACACUAUUGUACUUUUUUCCAACGUGCAGUCAUUCCUCUGACCUGCAUUCCAUCGCCCGCAGGAUCUGCUCCGGCGCCUCAAGCAGCCAUUAUCCAUGCAUCUUUGCGUCUUCUUCUGAACGUAAUGCUGGCUCGAGGGUGGCUAGGAGAUCGCCCUCCACACACUCACAAGCCAUAGACUUUCACGGGAAUGUGUUCUCGCUACAUGCCACGAAUCACCAUGCACCGAAAAGCCAUACAACCCGUUCGGAGACUGUUGUUCGCUCUAUUGCCUUGCACUUAAUAGACUUUGCCUGCUCGAUUGUUGGCUUGGAAUACUGUACUGUUUUGCGGAAAGCUUGGCUUCGGGGAUUGAUUGGCAAGCUGCAGAAGGGCUCGUUUUGGUCGCCCAGCGGGCAUGUGGUGGUCUAAAACUCCCCUCCGCCCCCCGCCCCCCUUCUCCGAUUGUGCGCCACCAUCUCCGCCUGGUAUGCAGGGGCUUCGGAUGAGUUUGAAGGCUAUGGGAGCGACCGCUGUUUUGCUGUGGCCGUACAAGCCCGAGGAUGUCACGGUAUGGCUAAUAGCGUUUUCCUUUGGACCUAGCGGUGUCAAGCAGACAAGCAGCAAUCCAUGCCCUUCGCAUCUCAGAGGAGUAGCACGCACGCUCAGGCAUUAUUGUCCGAGCUGUUGUUUCAUAAUUUAAUUUCAUCAUUUUCAAUGGUUGGUCUCGGUCAGCAUCUGCGACUUUUGAUUGGCCACGAUACUGUCCGGACUAUGUUGCAGGCAGUGUAGAAAAGUGCUUACUGGUGCAAGCUGAACACUGUUGUCCUUCCUUCUUUCUCAUGCAAGUUCCGACUCGUCCAACACCCUCUUUCCCUGCAACACCCCCUCAGGGUAUGUUGGAGACUUGCCUCAACGUGCGGCGUUGAAGGGAUGGGAUCACCAGCGGCGUGGUCGGUUUUGUACCACUCUGUUGCGCUCUUGAGCACCUGCCUGGGCCACUGCUGUCCCUGCCUGAUUCUCCCCUAAAUGAAUACUGGUACCUGUAUACAACGAGAGCUUGCCUAGUGGUGGAGCCCCUCCUCCUCUCAUCUCUACAUUUUGGGGGGGGGGGGACGGGGGGGAGGGCUUACACGAAAAUCUCGCACGUUCAGUAAACUUGUAGAAAAUACAGAAUUGCUUGUUGUGCGACAACAGCACCAGCAGAGGUCCAGGUUUGGCGCGGGUGGGCUCGGAGGGGGGCAACUUGUAUGGUAUUGGUUGGUUGCAUCCACUGAUCAAGGUGCCACGCUCGGCACGCAUUGAGAGGUGACCAUUUGCAAAGAGCCGUUGCUUGUCGCUCUUCAGCGUACUUGUGCUCCCUCUUCAGCGACAUUUCGCCGGGCGGAUAUCACUUACUUGCGGAACUUUCACCCGUUAGUAUCUGGCGGAGCGGGCCGUGCAUGCUUACAUU